AUGGUGAUAGAGAAAGGGUCAAUGAAGAGCCUUCGUUUGCUUCAAAUGGAAGGCCUGUCGGAGUUGAUGCUGCUUCCCAAAGGCAUCGAGCAUCUGACGUCCCUGCACAAGCUCUACUUAUCGGAGUGCAACAAUUUCUUCCUCUACGCAAUCCAAGAAGACCAGAGAAAGCGAGUAGACCACAUCCCAAACAUUUGGCACGCCUACCUCGCUGACGGUAAGAAGAUCAUUGAAAUCCUGAGCAGGCCCACGAAUCGUGCACCUCGUCCGCAGGAGGAGGAGGAGGAGGAUCGGAAGUCCGUGCCACCGUAUCCAUUUCCAACCCCCAGCGAAACAGGGACGGACGAGAAUGUUUAUUCGUACUUACCUCCAUUCGAGACGAGGUCAGAGAUGAAUGACAGGGGGACAUCUAAUUCAUUUCCAUCCCCCCGCAAAGAUAAGAAGACAAACUGGCCUACCAUUUCGGAGCAUCCUUCGCUCUCCACUGAACAACCGGAAUUCGUGCCCGUAGUGGAUGAAGGUUCACUGGCGAGUGACUUUGAAGAGGAAGAGCAAAAUAAUAAGGCUGAUGAUGGUGAUGAUGAUGAUAAAUUUGUGCCGUCGUUUCCAACCCAAAGCGAAAUGGAGAUACGUGACAAGGUUGAUUCACAUUUAGAUCAAUCCAAGACAAAGAUGGAGGUCACCCAAAGCGAAACAGAGAUAUGCGACGACGACAAGGUUGAUUCACAUUUAGAUCAAUCCAAGACAAAGGUGGAGGUCACCCAAAGCGAAACAGAGAUAUGCGACGACAAGGUUGAUUCGCAUUUGGAUCAAUCCGAGGCAAAGAUGAAGGUGACCCAAAGCGAAAUAGAGAUACGUGACGAAAAGGUUGAUUCGCAUUUAGAUCAAUCCGAGGCAAAGAUGGAGGUGACUGAAAGGAGGACAUCUGAUUCGGAUACAAAACCCCCAGAAAAGAUGAUGACAAACUUACCUACCAUAUCGGAGGAGGCUGAUGAAGAAGCCGAAUUAGUGCCUACUGUGGAUGGCAAGACAGUGAAUGCAAGUGAUGGAGAGUAGGAUCAAACUAAUGACCUAAGUGAUGCUAGAAGAAGGUAUCAUCAUAUGUUGUUGUCCUCAUAGCUCCAAAGAUGAAGUCUUGAAAGUUGUUUUGUAUGAUAUUAAGUCAGCUAGCUAGCAAUGUAUCAAUCUUGUGAUGGUGUUGGAUUGAUAAUAUUUUUAUCUUAUCUUAUUUAAUGUUAGAAUUGGUACUAUUGGGUUAUAA